GAGAUGCUAAAACAGAACAAAAACCUGGAGAGAAAAAGAGGGGAGUGAAGAGACCACGUGAGGACCAUGGUCGUGGAUAUUUUGAAUACAUUGAGGAAAAUAAGUACAGCAGGGCCAAGUCCCCUCAACCACCUGUUGAAGAAGAAGAUGAACAUUUUGAUGACACAGUGGUUUGUCUUGAUACUUAUAACUGUGACCUGCAUUUUAAAAUCUCAAGAGAUCGAUUUAGUGCUUCCUCUCUGACCAUGGAAAGCUUUGCUUUCCUUUGGGCUGGAGGGAGAGCUUCCUAUGGAGUUUCUAAAGGCAAAGUCUGCUUUGAGAUGAAGGUUACAGAAAAGAUUCCUGUUAAACACCUGUAUACAAAAGACAUUGACAUACAUGAAGUGCGAGUUGGCUGGUCACUGAACACAAGUGGAAUGUUACUUGGUGAAGAAGAAUUUUCUUAUGGGUAUUCUCUAAAAGGCAUAAAGACAUGCAAUUGUGAGACUGAAGACUUUGGUGAGAAGUUUGAUGAAAAUGAUGUUAUUGGAUGUUUUGCUAAUUUUGAUGGUGAUGAAGUGGAACUCUCAUACUCCAAGAAUGGACAAGAGCUUGGUGUUGCAUUCAAAAUAAGUAAGGAAGUUCUUGAUGGGCGGCCACUCUUCCCACAUGUUCUCUGCCAUAACUGUGCAGUUGAGUUCAACUUUGGUCAGAAGGAGGAACCUUACUUUCCUGUACCCGAGGAGUAUACCUUCAUCCAGAAGGUACCUCUGGAGGAUAGGGUCAGAGGACCAAAGGGACCUGAGCAAAAGAAGGAUUGUGAGGUGGUGAUGAUGAUUGGCUUGCCCGGAGCUGGCAAGACUACAUGGGUUACCAAACAUGCAGCGGCAAAUCCUGGAAAAUACAACAUUCUUGGGACAAAUACUAUUAUGGACAAAAUGAUGGUUGCAGGUUUUAAGCGACAAAUGGCAGACACUGGGAAACUUAACACGCUGCUGCAGAGAGCUCCGCAGUGUCUUGGGAAGUUCAUUGAGAUUGCAGCUCGUAAGAAGCGGAAUUUCAUUCUGGAUCAGACAAAUGUGUCUGCAGCUGCGCAGAGGAGAAAAAUGUGCCUGUUUGCAGGCUUCCAGCGCAAAGCAGUUGUUGUUUGCCCAAAAGAUGAAGACUACAAGCAAAGAACACAAAAGAAGGCAGAGGUGGAGGGAAAAGAUCUUCCAGAGCAUGCAGUUCUCAAAAUGAAAGGGAACUUCACACUGCCAGAGGUAGCAGAAUGUUUUGAUGAAAUAAUCUAUGUAGAGUUGCAAAAAGAAGAAGCUCAAAAGCUUUUGGAACAAUAUAAAGAAGAAAGUAAGAAAUCCCUUCCGCCAGAAAAGAAACAGAACACUGGCUCAAAGAAGAACAAGAAGAGCAAUAAAAAUCAAUUUAAUAGGGGUCAGAGAGGACGUGGAGGAUUCAACAUGCGUGGCAACUUCAGAGGAGGAGUCCCUGGCAACCGUGGUGGGUACAACAGGAGGGGAGGCAACAUGCCCCAGCGAGGUGGUGGAGGUGGCGGCGGUGGCGGUGGCAGCAGCGGCGCGAUUGGCUACCCCUAUCCUCGUGGGCCUGUCUUCCCAAGCAGAGGUGGCUACUCCAACAGAGGGAACUAUAACAGAGGUGGAAUGCCCAACAGGGGAAACUACAACCAGAACUUCAGAGGAAGGGGAAAUAAUCGUGGCUACAAAAACCAAUCUCAGGGCUACAACCAGUGGCAGCAGGGUCAAUUCUGGGGUCAGAAGCCAUGGAGUCAGCAUUAUCACCAAGGAUAUUAUUGAAUACCCAAAUAAAUGAACUGAUACAUAUUUCUCCAAAACCUUCACAAGAAGUCGACUGUUUUCUUUAGUAGGCUAACUUUUUAAACAUUCCACAAGAGGAAGUGCCUGCGGGUUCCUUUUUUAGAAGCUUUGUGGGUUGAUUUUUUUUUUUCCUUUCUUUUUUUUGUACAUUUUUAAUUGCAGUUUUAAAGUGAUUCGUAAGAGAACCUCAGCAUUGUGCACGAUAAGAGAAUGUGUCAGUAUUUCAGGGUUCUACAUUUUAUCUGUAAAAUGUGACUUUUUUUUUACCACAACAAAAGUAAAACGUUGCUUUGUACCUGGUGUCUUUUUAUUAAAGAAUUUUCUCCUUUUUCCCCACCGGAUUUCUAAGAAACAGUCGUGAGUCAUGUCACAAUACAAUAGAAAUGUUAGCAACCAGAUUCAUACAGAGGCUCCUCAGUAGCCCUCGUGAACACCAUCAGAUUUUUGUAAAGCUCCAUAUUACACUCCAUCCUCUCUGUGAAGCUUCUGGGUAGGGAGGGGAGGAGGGAGAAGUAAAAGUUUCUGGCAAUAACUAGGACUUUUUUGUAAUAUUUGGAACUCAAUAAGAUGGGGGGAGGGGGCAAAGAGGAAACCUGGGGCUAAAUAGUGAGGGUGGAGUGUAUGUAGAAGCUCAUAAAGUUGUAAAACUUGGUUGCAUUAUUUGUGGAGGCUCAAACUUGUGAAGGUACAACACCAUAAUUUCUUUUCCAUUUGUUCUGCAUUUUGAUUCUGAAAAGAAGCUGGCUUUGCCCAUUUCUUAUUAAACAAAACUUGUUGUAAAUCCAGUUGUCUAAUGGGAUCUAUAUGAAGUUAGCUGUGUGUCUGUAUAACUUUCCCCACAAAAUACUGUAUACCUAGUGUGCUUGUAGUAGUUACUCCACCAUUUUGUAAGCUAAUGAAACUGUGAGUCACCCAUUUUAUAUCUAAUUUUUAAUCAUGUCAAUUCUCAAAUGGGUGUAUCUCCUUAGCCUGCUGAUUCCUUUUUCUCUUUAAAGAAAGUGGGUGGAGAAAUUUAACUCUAGACGUUUGUUUGCAAUAAAAUAAAUUCAUUUUACUCUUGUUUUGGGAUUGUCGCCAUCAAGGUCUAAAAUCCCUUUAAGGCUAUAAAGAGGAAGAGAAUGUAUGACAGCGACGAUGUUGGACAGUUUUAAACUCAUUACUGUGUACAUGCUGAAAUGCUUGUGUUUCUUCAAAAAUCGAAACUGGUGGUUGCUCUGUUA